CACAGCCAGGUCAAUCUAAUCCUCUACACCAACCUAUAUAGUUAUAAUAUCCCCCCCAUUCGGCCAUUUCCCACUACAAUUCUACAAUAAACAAAUCCGCUGCUUCAAAAAACAAAAGAGUACCACUUCAAUAAAUACACAUACACAGUCUCACCGUGCAUGUGAAAACUGCAAUCCCAAAUCUAGUAUCUCUCCCCAAACCCCAAAAACAAUAAAAGAACAUUUGCUUCCAGUUCCACCUCUCACACUCACAAUCUCUUCAAUCUCACCAACCCCAUCUAACCCCUAAAAUCUUCACACCCCAAUACUACAAAACACUUCAAAAAAAUCUCCCUCUCUCUCUCUCACUAACAACCAAAAACAACAGAGUCCUCAGAUUUUUCUGAAAACAAAAAAGAACCCAACUCAACAAAACCCCAUCACCAGAUGCCCAUUUGAUCAGAUCCAAGAAAAUGGGUCAUCUAAAUCUGCCCAUAUCGAAACGAAGCCCCAGACAAUGGCGACUCUUGGACUUAGUCUCGGCCGCGUUCUUUGCCAUCGUUUUCAUCUUCUUACUGCUAGUCUUCACUCCCUUAGGGGACUCUAUGGCCGCAUCGGGACGCCAAGCCCUCCUCCUCUCCACCUCCGAUCCAGGUCAGCGCCACCGCCUCGCGGCGUUGGUGGAGCUGGGGACUCAGCCGGUCACCAUCGAGGCUUGCUCUGCAGACUCAGUGGACCACAUGCCAUGUGAGGACCCAAGGAGGAACAGCCAGUUGAGCAGAGAAAUGAACUUCUAUAGAGAACGACAUUGUCCUCUACCGGACGACACGCCGCUUUGUCUAAUCCCACCUCCUAAAGGGUACGAAAUUCCGGUGCCGUGGCCCGAAAGCUUGCACAAGGUAUGGCAUAGCAACAUGCCACACAACAAAAUUGCAGAAAGGAAAGGUCAUCAGGGAUGGAUGAAACUGGAAGGUCCAUACUUCAUUUUCCCUGGUGGUGGCACAAUGUUCCCAGAGGGUGCAGUACCUUAUAUUGAAAAGCUUGGACAAUAUAUCCCUAUAAGUGGUGGCACUAUAAGGACUGCUCUCGAUAUGGGUUGCGGGGUGGCCAGUUUUGGGGGGUAUCUGCUAGCUGAAGACAUUUUAACCGUGUCAUUCGCACCAAGAGAUUCACAUAAAUCCCAGAUACAGUUUGCACUGGAGAGAGGGAUUCCAGCUUUUGUUGCUAUGCUUGGAACUCGCAGACUCCCAUUUCCAGGAUUCUCAUUUGACUUGGUGCAUUGUUCUCGAUGUUUAGUCCCUUUUACUGCUUAUAAUGCAACAUAUUUCCUCGAAGUGGAUCGGUUGCUUCGACCAGGAGGAUAUCUGGUCAUCUCUGGUCCCCCUGUACGCUGGGCUAAUCAAGACAAGGAAUGGGAUGAUCUGCAGGCUGUGGCUAGAUCAUUGUGUUAUGAAAUCAUUGUCGUAGAAGGAAGCACAGCCAUCUGGAAAAAGCCUCUGGGAGAUUCAUGUCUCCCCAACCAAAAUGAAUUUGGUUUAGAGUUGUGUGAUGAAUCAGAUGACCCAAGUUAUGCCUGGUAUUACAAGUUAAAAAAAUGUGUAAGCAGGACCUCUACUGCCAAAGGAGAACUAGCUGUUGGGACAAUUCCAAAGUGGCCCAGCAGGCUGACAAAAGUUCCUUCAAGAGCCACACAGAUGAAAAAUGGCAUUGAUGUGUAUGAGGCUGACACCCGGAGGUGGUUAAGACGGGUUGCUUACUACAAGAACUCAUUAAAUAUAAAGCUUGGAACUCCAGCCAUACGCAACGUCAUGGACAUGAAUGCAUUUUUUGGAGGCUUUGCAGCAGCUCUAAAAUCUGACCCUGUGUGGGUAAUGAAUGUGGUACCUGCUCGCAAGACGCCAACUUUGGCAGUAAUUUAUGAUAGAGGCCUUAUUGGUGUCUACCAUGAUUGGUGUGAGCCUUUCUCAACAUAUCCUAGGACCUAUGAUCUCAUUCAUGUAGCUGGCAUUGAAUCACUCAUAAAAGAUCAAGGCAAGAACAGGUGUAGCCUUGUGGAUUUGAUGGUGGAGAUGGAUCGAAUUUUGCGUCCACAGGGAACAGUUGUGGUUAGAGAUUCCCCUGAGGUUAUUGAUAAAGUAGGUCGCAUAGCCCGCGCUAUUAAAUGGACAGCUACCAUACAUGAGAAAGAACCUGAAUCACACGGGAGAGAAAAAAUACUUGUUGCAACCAAAAAAUUUUGGAAGCUGCCUUCGGCAUCCCACUGACACAACCUUUGUUCUUUGUAAUGUAGGUAUUUUCUUUUUGUUCCUUUUCUUUUUUAUCCUUUUUCCUCAAAACCAAGAUGUCAUCUCAAUGCAUCAAAUGGAUGCAUUUUUCUUUCGUGUUCCUCAUCUGGUAUAUUUAUAUUAGGAGAUAGUAGAGUUAUAAUGGGAAAGAAUUAGAAGGAUGCAAAGACAUGUAGUUUUAUCUGAGAAUACACAUACUACUGGGAAUUAUAUAUAUUCAUCUGUCUGCUUUAAUUGUAAUUUAUUCUAUUAUUCACCACUGAUUUGAUGACUC